UUCUCUGCACCACCCUUUGCCCUUGAGAUCAACUGUUCAGGUUUUGCCCAUUCCCCAAAUUAAAUUUUUUUAGCCAGAAAAAAUAGAGGAAAACUUCUUGCAAUUGAACUAAAACACCCGAAAAUGCGCUGACAGCUUUUCCCUCCUCGAAAAUUAUUGUUUGGUUUCGCUCGUUUCUUCUACUUGAAAUCAGAGAACUUGAAUUCAGAAUCAACAGGGUCUGGAGAAUAUAGCACUAUGCAGCGGCUAAGGGCUUUGGGGUCGUCGUUUAUUAGGGACCUAACAGUGCCUCAGUUGAGAAGAAAGACUUUGAAUUCAUGGUGUGCUGUUCAGGACACCUAUUAUUCUACAAAGGAUAUUUUUGAGAGCCAUAAAGUGGUAUUUACAAUCUCCACUUCUAUAGCAUCCAUCGCUACUGCAUGGUUUGGCUAUUCUUUACGCCACUUUCAUCAAUCAAGAGUUGAUCAGAGGCUUCAGUCAAUUGAGAAAGCUAUGAAAACCAAUCAUCAAUUGGAAGAUACUGAUUUGCAAAAGCUUGUUGGUUCAGGCAGUAUCAGUAUUCCUGCUUGUGUUGCCGCUGCUGGAACCACUUUAAUUAUGGGGUUCAUGAAAACCAAUCAUCAAUUGGAAGAUACUGAUUUGCAAAAGCUUGUUGGUUCAGGCAGUAUCAGUAUUCCUGCUUGUGUUGCCGCUGCUGGAACCACUUUAAUUAUGGGGUAUGGAUUGGGUUGGCGAGGUGGAAAAUGGCAUGCAAAUAGGAAGUUCAGAAAGGAGCAGAUGAAAUUAUUAGGACAGCUAAAACCAAAAAAGUGGCAACUCAAGUUCCUUGGAAGACCAUUCAUAAGACCCAGAUUGCCAGCACUUCUAAGGCGCAAAUUGCCUGAAAAUGCUGUUAGAACAUCAAAAGAAUUGCAAAAGGAUGUUCCUGUUGCGCUCAACUCUGGAGAAACCCAACCUGCUUGUUAACAGAGAUGAGACUCGACUGCAGAUGCUGCAUUUUGUCUACCGAAAGACAUCAGAGGAAAACACUAUAUUUGUAGUUUACUUUAUGAAUACAGUUUAUUGGUUUCUUUCCUUUUUUUUUUUUUUUUUGGGUAAAUAUGUUCUUGUUAACAUUUUUUUUCCCAUCCUCCAAAUGGAUUUCCUCCCAAUGUAACUUGUGAAAAAGUUCCUUUUUGAUCAAUUGAAAGGGUGGAAACAUAAUCGACUUAUACGAGUUUUCUCUCCUCUCCAAUUUUCGAGUGUAAUAUGUGGGGAUUAAACAUUUG